AUGAAAAAAGGAUAUAAAGUGACCGAUGUUAAAAGGGAGAAAAAAAUUGGUGUCGCUGCUGAGAACCUAGAAGAACUUAUUGAGAAGUCCUGCAAAAAGUUAGGCUUCAAUGUCAGCUGCGCGGAGUGUCGUCUGUACGUGGCCGAGGACGGGACCCAAGUUGACGAUGAGGACUACCUCAGAACCUUAGCACCACAAACAUUAUUUAUUCUGUUACAGGAAAACGAAACAAUGGUUACUGACUUUGACUUCUUCUACAAUAUGAUUACUUCUGCCAAAAAGGAUUACAUUAACACAGGGAAGGCUGCUAAGGAAUUUUUAAAUGUUAAUCUUAAAGAAAAAUUCAAAGUACUUGAAAGAUAUAUUUCAGCAGCAAAUGAUUCUAGGGCUAUGAUUAGUGAGAGGACUCAGGAUCCUGACUGGUUUGAAGGUCUUGAUUCAAGUGAGAAAACAAAGGAACAGUCAAUGUCGAAGAGGGCUAAAGAACGCAUGAGGGGUUAUUAUUACAAAACUAAAACAGCAUUACAGUCAUCACAACUGUAUGUACACACGAAAAAUGGAGAAAGCAAGAAACUCAUAGACCUGUUCCUAGUAGAAUUACGUAGAAGACUUGAAAAUAGUAAGUAUAAUGGGGAUUACUUUAAUAGGAAAGGUGAUGAAGGUGUACGAUUGUGCAACGAAAACGGUCUCUUUGAAUGUGGAGGGCUUUGGAAUAACAAGAAAUGUAUAUACGAAGGUGAACAUGUCAUCAAUCCUUAUAGAAGCCGCGAAGAAAGGAUUAUAUUCCAGACAUGGAAUUUAGAUCACAAGAUUGAGUUGUCUCGGUCCAUCAUACCAAAUAUACAAGAGGCAAUCAGGAAUAUUAUUCACGAAAAUGUAAAAUGCGUAAUGUGCAAUGUAAGUUCGGCUAAAGGUCACAUAGAAAUUGACCGAUACUAUUUACAAAUAUUCACUAGCGAUAAUCUUAAAUUAGUUCACAUCGUCUGUCAUGACAAAGGCAAACACAGUGCUGAAUCGAGUGCUUAUAUUUUAUGCCAAAAAUGUUUUGGUAAUUAUAGAGUUUAA